AGUUCAUCGUGUAAGAAAAUGACAGACGGUGUGCUAGUAAUGGUCAGUAUGUUUGCCAUGAAGAUUUGGAAAAGACUCCAGACUGUUACAGACCACAUCUGUCAAUUUAAUUCUUGACCGUUCCAAUAUGGCGGACGCGCCGACGCAUCGCGGCCCAUACAGCUGCUAAUGAGGUAUCUACAGAUAGAUAUCUAUGCUUCAGUUGUCCCGAAAUUCUGACGAGACGGAACCCGGAUGGACCGCCAAAUUUGAAACAUACAGGAAAACGGACGUAUUUUAUGUUGUUGUUGUAUUUGUUUUAAUCUACUUUUCAAACCCACAGCACAUCUAUUGCGCCAAAAACGUCUUGAGAGCAUGAAUCCCUCAGAGCGUUUCUUUGCAAAGCUCCGGAAACUGACUGUUUAUCUGGAGGCUGAAAGCGCCAGUCUCCUGCAUGCAAGUAAAAACCUCAAGGAUGACGACGACGAUGAAGAGAAUGGGGCUCAAACACUAUACCAGCUACACUCUGAAGUCAGAGCACUGAAGCAGCAAGUUCAGGAUCAGGUGGCCACACAUGAUGCAUUGAGUACUGAGCUGAGGACCUUCAUCAGAAAAUGUUUGGUAUUGAAACAGAGGACCACAGAAGAUAUUGACAGACUACAGAAACAUUAUGAGAAUUAUGGCUACAUACCUCGAAAAGCAAGACUGGUAAAUUCAGAGAUGAACGGUACAAAAGAGGUAGGGGAGCGAGAAGAGCUGGAAAAGACUGAUGCAGCACAGGAACAUGAAGAGAUGGGACAAGGGAUUUGUAAAGAGGCCCAUGAAUCAGAGACACCUGAGAAAAUACUGCCACCUUCUGUCGACCAGCUGCUUACUCCAAAGCUCUCAGAUUUUGGCCUUUCCGCACUAAAUUUUCUAAGGGUGGUUGGGGAAGCAGAGCCACUACAGAGUACUGUUCCUAUCCCAGCUGUGGCUCUGUCACCACCACCAUUUGUCAUGAACAUGCAGCCUCCUCAGCCAAAGACACCAAAAUGCUCCCUGCGGAUGGACGAGGAUGCACCAACCCCACGAAUAGAGGACUUUGGCAUCUCUGAGUAUACUAUGUGCUGGAACAAUGACUUCACCCUGGAUCUGUUCAGCAAGAAACCACCAAAGGCCAGCAGCAAAACGAUGGAGAAUGAUCAGAAACUCCCUCAUGCCUUAACCCUUUCUUCUGUUCCUAACAAUGGUGCAUGCAAUGAGAAUUUGGAAUCCCCAGAGCCUCCUGUGUUUUGCACACCAGGAUUUAAGAUCGAAAAACACAGGGUCCCAUCUUCUCCACCACUGGAUAGACAGAAUAAUCUUGAUUCUACUCCUCAGCCUAAUAACUGUCCUACCCCAGAGUUCCCCACAUUUGAAACGCCUUUUGUCAGCAAGCUCUUAAAAAAGGAGGUCAGAGAGGGAAAAAGUGACAGGUCCGUGGGUUUACAGGAGGGCAGCUUUCGCCUACCAGAUCUCUCAAACACAAACAGAGCUCCUUCGUUCGAUGCUUCAGAGAUGCCAAAAAUCUUAAUUUAUGAAGAGGAAGCUAUGCCUGAGAUGCCUACUCUGCACUCUCAUUUUGGGAGUUAUCUUGCUUCUAAAACUUCAUCAGGUGAAAGUCUCCCUGGGAAGAAGAUGGGGCCAGGUAAUGUGGUAGAGCUGAAGCAGGCUACUGUCCCCUCAAUGGAGACUGAAGAUGGCCACAACCAGGACUGGUGUCUUUCUACCCCAAAAAUGCGAAUGACAUUCCAUACAGAGCCAUGCACACCAGAGAUGCCUGAUAUAAGUUCAGUCACACAGGAUAUCUUAAAACUUGUGGCUCAGUGCAAGUCUUGAGCAGCCACUACUGGAUCUUUGCUGCUGAGCUCGAAGCCUGGCCAUCAAAUAGUGGCACCAAGAAGAGAACUGUAGAAAUUAGUCUGCUGAAUCAUGACAGUAGUCAUACCUCAGUGUUCAACUGACAGUUUAUUUGGUAAACACUUUUAAGCAACAUUCUGAAAAGUAACAUGUAAAUUAAAAAAAAUGAAUAAAUUCAAUGCAAAACAAAAAGUUCAUAGCAGUGACUUGCUUAAACACGAGGAACUGACUGCUUUGCAUUAAAUAGUAAGCAAUUAAGGAAAUUAAUAUAAAUACUUUUUAUCUUGUUGCAUUGAUUGACCAAUAAAAUUCCAUUACUUUUCCAGACGUUUUUGAUCACAUGAAAAAUUAUAUUUUAUUUUUUUUUAGCAUUUUAGGGCGAGAAGGGG